AUGGUGAUCGAAGUAUCAGUGGUCACUUUGGUAGCUGUGUUCCUUGUUGGCAUCCUGGUCCUGCUGAUUUGGAUUUCUGGUCAGAGAGACUCACAUGUAUUGGAAAAUGAGAGGGGAAGUAAUUCUGCAGGAGCAGAAUCUAGACUCCUACAGUAUUUCUAUCAAUUUCUUCCUCGUUCGUCACCUCACUCCCUCCCAGGCCCCACCAGCCUCUUUCUUGUAGGUAAUAUGAUGGAGUUGAUGCACGAUCAUCUACCAAUUCACCUGACCAGUCUGGCACAACGCUAUGGAAGCAUUUACCGCCUUCAGUGUGGAAACACAACCAUGGUGGUGCUUAAUAGUAGUGAAGUCAUAAGAGAAGCAUUGGUGAAGAAAUGGUCUGAUUUUGCUGGGAGACCAAUUUCAUACACAGGUAAUAUUGUGUCUGGAGGGGGUCGCAACAUCUCUUUGGGGGACUUCAAUGAAGAGUGGAGGGCACAUCGCCGCCUCGUCCACAGCGCUCUACAGCGCUGCUGCCAAAAAUCUUUACAUGAUGUAAUCGAGAGACAGGCAAUGCAUCUGCGAAAGGUUUUGAUGGACUAUCGAGACAGUGCUGUGGAUCUCUCAGAGGAUUUCACAGUAGCAGCCAGUAAUGUCAUCACCACUUUGGCUUUUGGAAAAGAAUAUGACAAGGGUUCUUCAGAGCUGCAGCAGCUGCACAGCUGUCUGAAUGAAAUUGUUGCUCUGUGGGGCUCCUCUUGGAUUUCUGCUCUGGACUCCUUCCCACUGUUAAGGAAAUUACCCAAUCCUGUGUUUGACCGUCUUCUGAAAGAGGUGUCCAGGAGAGAUGAAAUUAUACGAGGACACCUUAACAACUACAAAUCACAAGAUCAAAAAAAUGAGGACGCCAUCACAGAAUCUCUCCUCCAGGGCAUUAAAAAACAUGAACAUGAAGGGCUCCUCACAGAUGUUCAUGUUCACAUGGCGACUGUGGACCUUAUCAUCGGGGGAACUGAAACCACUGCAGCCUGGCUGAACUGGACUGUGGCCUUCCUCAUGCACAGACCAGAGGUGCAGACCAGAGUGUAUGAGGAGCUGUGCACAGUACUAGAAGGACGAUACCCCAAAUACAGUGACAGACACAGACUUCCUGUUCUGUGCUCUCUGAUCAGUGAGGUGCUCAGACUCAGACCAGUCGCUCCACUGGCGGUGCCACAUAGAGCCAUCAGAGACAGCAGUAUUGCAGGGUAUUUCAUCCCUAAGAAUACAGUCAUCAUUCCUAAUCUUUUUGGAGCUCACCACGAUCCUGCAGUUUGGUCUGACCCAUACAGCUUCAAACCAGAGCGUUUUCUGGAGGGAGGAGGAGGCUCCACCCGGGCUCUGAUCCCUUUCGGAGGGGGUGCUCGGCUCUGCCUGGGAGAAUCUGUUGCCAAAAUGGAGCUCUUUCUGUUCACCGCUUACUUGCUGAGAGAUUUCCAGUUCGUCCCUGCUGAGAGCAGAGCCUCGCUGCCUGACCUGAGAGGAGUUGCAAGUGUUGUGCUCAAGAUUAAGUCCUAUAAAGUCGUAGCACGUCCGAGACCAAGAGAUACAGUGGCUUGA